ACAACAAAAAGCAAAGGAAAGAAAAGGGAAAACCUCAAAUGCAUUCAUCUUCCAAAAGGAAAAACUAAAGUCUCUUUAAUGGCUCCUCUCCUUGUGUCAACUUUAUAGAGAAAUCUUCACUGAGAUCAUCACCUAAAAAGAGAUACAUUUACAGAUUCUCACACACAACUUUGUGUUCCUUAUCUGCAUCAGAAGGUACCAACCAGAAGAUCUCAUUUAUAGUUAAUUAUAUACAUACUGGAAGUAGUAGUAGAGGUAGUACUACUACUACUACUACCCUUGCCAUCACCAAUGUUGCUGAGUUCCAUUUCCAGCACCAAGAAGUUCUUUCAAAAGACCAUAAAGAACUUCAAGUCUUUCUUCUCCCCGGGUUACCAAAGGCUUCCAAAAACUUCUCCUCACGGCCAUUUCUCUUAUUCUGUGGCUGCAUCAAGUGCCAUGGACAUGACCAGCAACACAAGUUAUCAAGACACGGAGAAACUGUACACUGACUUCUCAGACCAAUGGGAAUCAGAAACGGAGAAAACAAGAAGAAUGAAGAAGAAAGCUGUACCUGCAUUGCCAUCAAAGCAAGAAAGUGAGGUCUAUAGUGGAAGCUAUAUCAGCUUGUCCAAUGCAAGCCAAGCUCAGAAGAAGAACAAGAUGGAGAAAAAAGAAGAAAGUGGUGGUGCCAAGCAAAACGACAGGAGGAGAAGCUUAGCUCUAGAAAAGGGAAGGCAUCAGAAAGAGUCAUCAUUCAUGUCUAUGUGUAUGAGAGAACACAGAUACUGCAUGGUGGAACAGAAGCUGAGAGAGCUGGAGAUGCUGGACAUGAACAAUGUGGAGUAUGUAUUAGACAUUGAAGAGGUUCUUCACUACUAUUCUAGACUCACUUGCCCUGCAUAUCUUGAAAUUGUGGAUAAGUUCUUCUUGGAAAUGUACUCAGAGUUGUUUGGUCCAUCUAUGAGGCAUGCUUCACCUUCCAGUGUUUCUAGGAACAACCUAAGAUAUCAGUGAGAAGUCUUAUGUUUGUUUAGCUUUUGUCUUGUUUCAUAACUUCUUGAGACCCUCUAAAGAUCAUUUGACGUUUUCUUGAGUUGAUUCUAUGUGUUUAUUGACCUUCAAUUUGGUGGAUGGUAUUAGCUGUUUGUGUUUUGUUUGUCUAAAUAAUUCAAAAACUUUAUUUAUUUUGCUCAUUAUUAUAUUUAAUUGAUCAAACCAUUUCAUUGACAUCAGUUUAUGAUAAUUGCUGAAAAUUGCUGCGUUUUCCAAAAUAGUAAAUAUUUUAAAGAUGGUUUUCUGGGUUGU